GCGCCGCGCCAUCUUGAGACCGCCGCUGCCCUCGCGUCUCGCCGCCGCCGCCGCCUCCUCCGCCCGCGAUCGUCCUGCGCUCGCUUCCCCGCAUUAAAGCCGCGCUCGUCGAUGUCUGUUCGCUACCGCACGUGGUGACAAGCCGACAUCAGCAAACAUGCCGGUGUAUUUUCAAAGGCCGGAGAAUGCCCUCAAGCGGGCCAACGAGUUUUUGGAGGUGGGAAAGAGGCAGCCUGCUUUAGAUGUCCUGUAUGAUGUGAUAAAGAGCAAAAAGCAUCGAACAUGGCAAAAGAUCCACGAGCCCAUCAUGCUGAAGUACCUGGAGUUGUGUGUGGACCUGCGCAAGAGUCACCUGGCCAAAGAGGGACUCUACCAGUACAAGAACAUCUGUCAGCAGGUUAACAUCAAGUCUCUGGAGGAUGUGGUGAGAGCAUAUCUAAAGUUGGCAGAAGAGAAGACUGAAGCUGCAAAGGAGGAAUCUCAGCAGAUGGUGCUGGAUAUUGAAGAUCUUGAUCAGAUUCAAACCCCCGAAAGCGUUUUGUUGAGUGCUGUCAGUGGUGAAGACACCCAAGAUCGAACGGAUCGUCUCCUGCUUACGCCAUGGGUCAAGUUUCUGUGGGAAUCGUACCGCCAGUGCCUGGAUCUCUUGCGAAACAACUCGCGCGUGGAACGUCUCUACCAGGACAUUGCCCAACAGGCUUUCAGAUUCUGCCUGCAGUACACACGAAAAGCAGAAUUCCGUAAGUUAUGCGACAACUUGCGUAUGCACCUCAGCCAGAUUCAGCGCCACCAUAACCAGAGCACAGCCAUCAAUCUGAACAACCCGGAGAGCCAGGCCAUGCACCUGGAGACAAGGCUGGUGCAGCUGGAUAGUGCCAUCAGCAUGGAGCUGUGGCAGGAAGCAUUUAAGGCCGUUGAAGAUAUCCAUGGGCUCUUCUCACUGUCCAAGAAACCCCCGAAGCCCCAACUAAUGGCCAACUAUUACCAGAAAGUUUCUAUGGUGUUCUGGAAGUCUGGCAAUGCUCUCUUUCAUGCUUGCACACUCCACCGUCUUUUUCAUCUCUCCCGUGAGAUGCGAAAGAAUCUCACUCAAGACGAAAUGCAAAGAAUGGCCACCCGUGUGCUGCUAGCCACACUCUCCAUUCCUCUUACUCCCGAGCGCACAGACAUUGCUCGCCUGUUAGACAUGGAUGGGAUCAUCGUUGAAAAGCAGCGUCGCCUUUCAAGUCUAUUGGGACUUCAGAGUCCUCCCACUCGUCAGUCCCUCAUUAAUGACAUGGUGCGAUUCAAUGUGAUUCAGUACGUUGUGCCAGAAGUGAAAGACUUGUACAACUGGUUGGAGGUUGACUUUCACCCGCUGAAACUAUCUGGGCGUGUCACAAAGGUGCUAAACUGGCUUAAAGAUCAGUCGGAUAAAGAACAAGAACUGCAGCAUUAUGUCAAUCUCCUUCAAAACAACACGAUCCUCCGCUUACUCCAGCAGGUGGCCCAAGUGUAUCAGGGCAUUGAGUUCAGUCGGCUGGCAUCUCUUGUGCCCUUCAUUGACCCUUUUUCACUUGAGAGAAUCAUCGUUGAUGCUGCCCGCCACUGUGAUCUGCAGGUGCGCUUGGACCACAGUAAACGAACACUGAGCUUCGGAUCGGACCUCAACUACUCUCCAAGAGAUGAUGCCCCCACAGGCCCAUACCUGCAGCCCAUGCCAUCGGACCAGAUUCGAAAUCAACUGACUGCAAUGUCCUCCUGCUUGACCCGUGCCCUUGACAUUAUCAAACCUCCUAACAUUCUGACCGAGAAAGAAGAGCAGAAGCAACAGGCUGUGAUGGCAUAUCUCAAGAAUUCCAAAAAGGAGCACCUGCGGAUCCUAGGGCGGCGACAGACUAUCGAAGAGCGCAAGGAACGCCUGGAGAGCUUGAACGUGGCCCGGGAGCGCAAGGAGCAGGAGCAACGCGAGGCGGUGUUGCAGAAGAUACGGCAGGAGGAAGAGGAGCGACUCAAGAAGGAAGCGCGUGAACGAGAGAACCAGCGCAUAAUGCAGGAGCACGAGAGCAUCAAGCGCAAACAUGUUCGGGAGCGUCUGGAGCAGAUCAAGAAGACUGAACUUGGAGCCAAAGCCCUCAAAGACCUUGAUAUUGAGAAUCUUGAUGAACUUGAUCCUGACUUCAUUAUGGCCAAGCAAGUUGAGCAGCUUGAAAAGGAAAAGAAAGAGCUUCAAGAGCGUUUGAAAAACCAGGAGAAAAAGAUUGACUAUUUUGAGAGAGCCAAACGUGUCGAGGAGGUUCCAUUGCUGAAGAAGGCUUUUGAAGAGCAGCGCAUUAAGGACAUGGAGUUCUGGGAGCAGCAAGAAGAUGAGAGGAUUUCAACUGUGAAAUUGGAGCGAGAAAAGGCGCUGGAGAACAAGAACAGGAUGAUUCGCAUGCAAGAGGACAAGGAUUCAUUCUUGUCAGGCUUGAAAUCCUCACGCCGUGCCAUCUACUUGGCCAAAUUUAAGGUGUUUGAAGAGCGCAUGGAAGAAGAGCGGACAAAACGCCUUGCUGAACGAAAAGUGCAAAGGAAGGAAGAUCGCAGACUCAAAUUUCACCGAGAAAGAGAAGAAGAAGCACAGAGAAUUCACGAUGAGCAACUUAAAAAAGAGCGAGAUGAGGCAGAAAGGAUUGAGCGUGAGAAGCGCGAGGAAGAGGAGCGCGAGUACCAAGAGCAGAUUCAAAAACUGGAGGAGCAAGCGAGAAAGCGGAGACAGAAAGAAUUAGAAAUCGAAGAGCGGGAGCGGAAACGAGAGAUGGGAGAAUCAAAACGGGUACCCGAUGGAGAUGGAGGUCGAUGGGGUGAGAGAGAUUCGGAAUGGCGACGUGAUAUUCCUGCAGACCGUGAUGAUUUACCCAAGCGUCCAGUUGAUGAUGGUGAGAGGGAUUGGCGUCCCCGUGGUGGCGACGAUGACCGUUCAUUCCGCCGCCGGGACGAAGAACGCAUGCCCCCUCGGCGAGAUUUUGAGAAGCCGAUAAGGCGCGAUCUGGAAGAUAGGUCUAUGAGGCGUGAUGCCGAUGAAAAACCGCCACUGCCCCUUCGUCGUGAUGGUGAGGACAAGCCACCAGCUCGCUGGGGCCGCAACGAUGAUGAGCGCCCCGCUCCGUCAUCGCGUUGGGAGGAUGAGAAGCCAGCGCCGCGUCGUGUCGAGUCUCCGUUCCGCCAGGACGAAGAGAGGGCACCACGAGGAUGGAAUGAGGAUGCCAAGGGUGAAUCUGAUAAACCUCUCUCUGCCUGGAAACCUGCUGUCAAGCCGGGUGGGUGGCGUGACCGUGAGAAAGCGCGUGAUGAGGUGUGGAAGCCCCCUCGCGAGGGGUCACAGUCGGCGGAUGGUGAUGGAGAAGAACCGGCUGAACGCGAAGAGGGCGAGGAAGACAAAUUCGGUGACCAUGAAGCAAAAACCAAGGACCGCGAUCACUUUGCGGACCGCGAACAAGCACCGCCCGAACGUGCACCCGAACGUGCCCCCGAACGUGCCCCCGAACGAGCCCCCGAACGAGCCCCCGAACGUGCGCCAGAACGAGCCCCAGAACGUGUGCCCGAACGUGCGCUCGAACGAGCCCCCGAACGAGCCCCAGAACGAGCCCCAGAACGUGCCCCAGAACGUGCCCCAGAACGUGCCCCAGAACGUGCCCCAGAACGAGCCCCAGAACGAGCCCCAGAACGAGCCCCAGAACGAGCGCCAGAACGAGACCGCUUUGGGGACCGAGAUCGCUUUGGGGACCGCGACCGCUUCGGGGACCGCGACCGCUUCGGGGACCGCGACCGCUUCGGGGACCGCGACCGCUUUGGCGACAGAGACCGCUUUGGCGACAGAGACCGCUUUGGCGACAGAGACCGCCGUCCACCAAGAGAGGAAGGAGGAGGAAGUGUAUGGCGGAGGCCUGGUACAGAGGAUUCUCAGGCUUCCGCCGGUUGGAGGGACCUUCCAAAGCGUGACGAUGGUGAGAGAGAUCGAGAUAUUCCACGUCGGGAGCCACUUGACAGGGAGAGGCGUGGCCCACCACCAGUCCGAGGGGGAGACUGGGAAGACCAAAGGGGUGCACCGCCACCCAGAGCAGAUCGCGAUGAAGGCGUGUGGCGGCGAUCCGAAGACCGACGUGAAGACGGGGAUAGGGAUGCCCCCCGCCGAGCGCCUUUCGUGGGCCGAGAUGGUGACCGGGAUCGUGAGCGCGUUGAAAGGGAGAAGCCUGCACCACGCAAAGAGCUUCGCGAGGUUCCGGCCUCUGCUGCUCCUGCAGCUGCUGCUGCUGCACCUCCGAAGCGCCCAGUCCGCAAUGAGACGGAUGACGAUGGCUGGACAACUGUCCGCCGCUAAAGCCACAUUUCCACACAACCGUAUAAUUGGUUUUGGUUUUGAGUUGUGAGAUUUCUUUAUCCAAAGCAUGCACAGAAAUGUUUUUGGACAACGUCCAAUGUAAUACUAAAUUCCAAAAUUGGCCCCAUACACUUCAAAAAAGAUUACAUUGUUUUGUUUAAAAUCUGUUGUUUUUCUGAAUUUGAUAGAAGCAAAUUAUUGCAGCCUCAGAAUUAAUCAAAUGGAGUAUAUGCUUUGCUUGUGAAAGGCACAAAAUGCAUAAAUAUAAAAUCUGCAUGCACCUCAACAGUGUGAUUUGUGUUCUUGCCAUGCAAUUAUAUCAGGCUGCCUAUCCAUUGUGAUUAUAGGCUUCAUUUUAGAUAUUUAUUCAAACUGAAGCUUUUGAAAAUGUAACAAGAUAUAGCUGUGUGUACAGGAUUUUAGACUGAUAAAAUGGCUUAAGUUUGAAAAUAGUACCAUUCAUUCUGGGGAUUGACUAUUGAAAAGCUGGUCAAACAGGAUAAAACCUGACCCUUAACCCAAUGUCUUUCAAUUUUAAGCUUAACAUUUUCCUCAAGCAUAAGUAGCGUAUCAACCAUUUGUUAGAAUUGCAGAUUAUCAUGUUGAAGUAUGGCUUUAUUAUUUUUGAGUAAUUAAAGCCAAAUUAAAUUUAAGAUUGGAAAAUUAGCUUGCAAGGUUAAAUGUAUUCAAUAUUAUGUGCAUUUAACAAUUAUAAUCUUUGCCCUGUUGUCAUUUCUGAUGCAUUAAGUUAAAAUGUAUUCUCGUGGAAAACUUGACUUUGUUGGUUAUAAACACAGUCGUGUGGAUUGGAAGCCCAGAGCAUUUUCAUGAUUUACUCUCCUUAGUUGUGUGGAAGUUUAAUACUAAAACCAAUAAAAACAAAGGUCUUGA